AAGUUCCCACAACUUGGCCUUCUGUCCACUUCAGUUAUGAACAUGACAAGAAUCAUAGCUGCCUGUGGCUGUAUGUCAUCCAAGCAAUUGGAGCAACAGGUUUGAGUUAUGAUAUUGGUGGGACACUCGGUACCGUUCUUCUUCUGGUCUUGAUUGAUUCUGUGAAG